AUGAGCGGUGGCUGGAACACGAUUGAGUCUGAUGCAGGCGUCUUCACAUCCCUCAUCGAGAACCUCGGAGUCAAAAACGUCCAGUUCGAAGAACUCCUCACCCUCGACCCCUCGGAGCUGCUCACCCUCCAGCCCCUCUACGGCGUAAUCUUCCUCUUCAAAUACCCAACCGACCAACCCUAUGCCUCGCUCGACGGGCCCCUCGACGGCGCCUUCGACCACGAUGCCUCGGAGCGCAUCUUCUUCGCCGCCCAGACCAUCCAGAACGCCUGCGCCACGCAGGCCCUGCUCAGCGUCCUCAUGAACAAGACGCAGGACGUCGACAUCGGCCCCCAGAUGAAGGACUUCCGCGACUUCACAAUGGUGCUCCCGCCCGAGUUCCGCGGCGAGGCCCUCAGCAACUCGGAAAUCAUCCGCGAGGUCCACAACAGCUUCGCCCGCAGCAGCCCCUUCGCCGACGAGACCGCCCGCACCGGCGAGCCCUCCGAGGACGUCUUCCACUUCAUCGCCUACACCCCCAUCGACGGCACCCUCUACGAGCUCGACGGCCUGCAGCCCGCGCCAAUCUCCCACGGCGCCUGCUCCGCCGACGACUUCCCGCUCAAGGUCGUCGACGUCCUGCAGCGCCGCGUCUCGCGCUACGACGCCACCGAGAUCCGCUUCAACCUGCUGGCCAUGUGCCGCGACCUGCGGAUCCGCGCCCAGGAGUUUGGCGACGACGAGCUGCUGGAGCGGGAGCAGCGCAAGCGCAAGGACUGGCUCUUUGAGAACGCGCUGCGGAGGCACAACUUUGUGGGCUUCGCCGGCGAGGUCCUCAAGAAGGUCGUUGAGAAGAAGCUCGAUGCGGGCGGCGACGAGGCGGUGCAGAAGUGGGUGGACGAAGGCCUGGAGAGAAGGAAAGCUGCCGAGAGGGCCAUGGGGGCGAGGGGAGGCGGUGGAGACGUAGACAUGAGCUGA